AUGUCGACGUGGGGUGAACAUUUCCGAGUCACCACUUAUGGCGAGUCGCACUGCCGCUCCGUCGGCUGUAUCGUUGACGGCUGCCCUCCUGGCAUGCAACUCACUGAGGAUGACAUCCAGCCCCAGAUGACUCGUCGUCGUCCUGGGCAGAGUGCCCUCACGACCCCGCGGAACGAGAAGGACCGAGUUGAAAUCCAGUCAGGCACCGAGUUUGGUAUUACACUGGGCACACCAAUUGGAAUGAUGGUCCGUAACGAGGACCAGAGACCUAAGGAUUAUGGUAACAGCACAAUGGAUCUGUACCCUCGUCCCAGUCAUGCCGACUUCACCUACCUCGAGAAGUACGGCGUCAAGGCCAGCAGCGGUGGCGGCCGCAGCAGUGCUCGUGAAACCAUCGGCCGUGUCGCUGCCGGUGCCAUCGCAGAGAAGUACCUGAAGCUUUCGCACAAUGUCGAGAUCGUCUCCUUCGUCUCCUCCGUGGGCAACGAGCACCUUUUCCCCCCGACCCCCGAACACCCCACUGCCUCAACCAACCCCGAAUACCUGAAGCUGCUGGAGACGAUCGACCGCGAAACCGUGGACAAGUUUGCCCCCAUCCGCUGCCCCGACGAGGAGGCCUCCGCACGCAUGACCAAGGUUGUUGAGCAGUUCCGCGACAACCAGGACAGCAUUGGUGGCACUGUAACCUGCGUGAUUCGCAAUGUUCCGGUUGGUCUGGGUGAGCCGUGCUUCGACAAGCUGGAGGCCAAGCUGGCGCACGCGAUGCUGAGCAUCCCCGCCACCAAGGGCUUCGAGAUCGGCUCUGGCUUCGGUGGCUGUGAAGUGCCUGGCUCCAUUCAUAACGAUCCGUUCGUGGUGCAGGAUGGCACGACCCGCCUCACCACCAAGACCAACAACUCCGGCGGCAUCCAGGGUGGCAUCUCGAAUGGCGCCUCUAUCUACUUCCGCGUCGCUUUCAAGCCCCCGGCGACCAUCGGCCAGGCCCAGACCACCGCCACCUAUGACCUGGAGGAAGGUGUCCUCGAGGCAAAGGGUCGUCACGACCCGUGCGUGGUUCCCCGCGCCGUCCCCAUUGUCGAGGCUAUGUCCUCACUGGUGAUUAUGGACGCCCUGAUGGCGCAGUACGCGCGCGAGAGCGCAAAGAACCUGCUCCCGCCGCUGCCCAAGACGAUCCCCACUAAGCCUGCUACCGCGCCCAACGGUGCGUAA